UCCUAGAAACAACAUGAAAAUGAAACGGAGGGAAAGUCUUAGUCUUACGAAUACGUUUGCUUUUGAUACUAAUGCAUAUAUUUAAAUAUCGUCAUAGUGGUGAAAGCGACUAACAACCCUUUAAGUUCUACAUGAUUCGAAAUCAAGCCAUCGUUUGACCAUGUCAGUUUGUCUGCAUUUUUUUUGACUGGUGUUGGGCCAAGCGUAGGCUACAACAUAAAAGGGAGUUUAAAAGAUCGCCGUUACUGCGGGCUUUGCUGUGCCUGAUGACACUGGGUGGUGUGAUCGCAGCUCAACGGCCCUCCGGGAACUGCUUGUGCUCAGCCAGCGGGUCCAAAGGGAUGGUGCGGGGCGAUUUGGCCUCUCGGAGCAGGAUCAGCCAACUCAUCAGUGAGAGCUUCCUAACAGUAAAAGGUGCUGCACUCUUCCUCCCAAGGGGAAACGGUUCCUCCUCUUCCUCUUGCUCCUCACGUAUCACAGGGCAGCGCAGCAAACAUGCAGGGGACCUUCAGCAGCACCUGCAGACCAUGUUCACGCUACUGCGGCCAGAGGACAACAUCCGCUUGGCCGUGAAGCUUGAGAGCAUGCGCCCUCACUGCACACGCUACAUGGUGGUAGUUUCCACAAAUGGCCGUCAAGACACAGAGGAGAGCGUGGUGCUGGGAAUGGACUUUAGCCCCUCAGACAGUUCUUGUUCUAUAGGCCUGGUGCUGCCUCUGUGGAGUGACACCCUGAUCCAUUUGGAUGGAGAUGGGGGUUUCAGCGUCUCCACGGACAACAGGAUCCAUGUUUUCAAACCCGUCUCCGUCCAGGCCAUGUGGUCCGCCCUGCAGUCCCUCCACAAGGCGUGCGAGGUGGCGCGCUGCAACAACUACUUCCCGGGCAGCCUGUUCCUGACGUGGGUCAGCUACUACCAGAGCCGCAUGUCCUCCGACCAGGCGCACAUCAACGAGUGGAACACCAUGCAGGAUGUGCAGUCGCACCGGGCGGAUUCACCCGUGCUCUUCUCUGAUGUGCCAACCGAACGCGAGAGAACGGAGCGUCUGAUCAAGACUCGUCUGAGAGAGAUCAUGAUGCAGAAAGACCUGGAGAACGUCACCUCUAAAGAGAUCCGCACGGAGCUGGAGAUGCAGAUGGGGUGUAACCUGCGUGAGUUUAAAGAGUACAUUGAUAACGAGAUGAUUGUCAUCCUUGGUCAGAUGGACAGCCCCACGGAGAUCUUUGAGCAUGUGUAUCUGGGUUCUGAAUGGAAUGCAUCGAAUCUAGAAGAACUGCAAAACAGCGGGGUUCAGUACAUCCUCAAUGUGACGCGGGAGAUUGAUAACUUCUUCCCGGGCCUGUUCGAGUACCACAACAUCCGCGUGUAUGACGAGGAGGCCACGGACCUGCUGGCCUGCUGGAAUGACACCUACAAGUUCAUCUCCCGAGCCAAGAAAGCAGGGGCCAAGUGUCUGGUGCACUGUAAGAUGGGCGUGAGCCGCUCCGCAUCUACCGUGAUUGCUUAUGCCAUGAAGGAGUACGGCUGGGACCUUGAGCGCGCCUUCGUCUAUGUCAAAAAACGCCGCGCAGUCACCAAGCCCAACCCCUCCUUCAUGCGGCAGCUAGAGGAGUACCAGGGCAUCCUGUUGGCCAGCAGACAGAGGCACAACAAGCUGUGGCGAUCCCAUUCUGACAGCGACCUGUCCGAGCACCAUGAGCCUCUGGUCAAGACCUCCACUCCUCAAACACUAGGCCGCUCCAACCCCCGCAACCAGAGCGCCAGCCAGGCCUCUCCCUCGCUCCAGGACCUGCUCCAGGUGCUCACGCCCGCCUCGGCCCCUGCUGGGAGUGCAGCAGGCCAGGUGCAGUGCAAUGUGCAAGAGGGCCCCCUCUCCAACGGUUUGGGAGACUCUGCAGAAAGCCUCGCAGCCGAAGACGUGCUUCCUAGGCCCCGGGCAGCCAUAGUGGUACCAGAGACCCGGCAGGAAGUGGCAUCCGUGACCGUGGCGGAGACGGUCUCCAUGGGCCACCCUCAUCCACCUGCUGCUCUUCAUCACGUUUCCUCCUCACCCACUCUUCCCAUAGAUGCAGAGGCCAAGCCAAUCACCUGUGAGCAGCCUGAGGUGCCCUGUCUUGUGCCUGAGGAGAAGUAUUGUCCACAGGUGACCAGAACAGAGCCUGUUAGGGGUAGGACUUCUGAGCCAAGCAGACAAGUCCUUGGCUCGUCCUCAGUUGCAGGGCUGUCCACACACGUGCCUGAACUUGGCCAAAAAUUCAGCCAGCAAGUGCCUGACACAGACGUAGACUGUGCAGGGCUAGGUCACACUAGCGAUGAUGACCAAAACCACCUCAGUGCCACGUUACAGGAAGCAGGCCUUUCCACUUUGCUUCCCUCAGCACUAAGCUCAGAUAGCAUUAACUUCUUCAGUGCCAGAGAGAAAUUUCUUGGCCUCUCUCAAGAGGGGCAAAGCCGAGGGAGUUCUGAGCAGGCAGUGCAGCAGACAUCUCGAGACAAAAGUCCCAGCCAGGAGUCAAGGCUACUGCUUUCUGAGAACCCUCUUAAAGAAAUGGAGGAGGAAAAGAAGGAGAGCUGCAGUGUCUUAGUUUAUGACCUGGUUUCAGAACUAGAGUCCAUAAGGAAAACUAUAAUUCCUCCACCUCCUCCUACCAGCCAACCUGUUUCCAGCAGCUUCGAGGAGGAGGAGUUGGCCAAAAGCACAGCAGACGGAGCUGAAACGGAGACGGUGGAGCUUGGAGAAGACCUGCAAACCGAUUGGCCAAAGGGUACAGUCCGACGAGCCACCAGACAGCUAGAACAGAAGAUGAAGCGGGAAGUUUCCACGCUGCUAUCAUGUGCUUCUGGGUGUCCUUCACACCUCUCCACUGUAAGCACCAGUAGCAGAGACAAAACUGAGGACACCUCACCUCAUACAGACCUCACUCCAGAUCCAAGCACUGUGUCAGCCCACCACCAUCACCUUGAAAGCUCUGUGGAGAACAUGGAGAAAGAGGAAUCUUCUCCCAAAGAGAAGGAAAAGGGGGGCACAAUAAGACUCAGGGAAGAACAGCAUGGACACACUGGAUUUUUAAAGGAGCAUGAGAGCCUCUUGCACUCAAGACCAAGCCAUUCCACUCCGUCCAGCUCAUCGCCUACAGUGGCUCUUCGGCUAGAGGGAGUCACACAUAAGGAGACUAGCACUGACAGCCCUUCAGAAGACCGUCUGGCGGUGGAUAUGAGGGAGACAUGGGAGACCUUGAAAGAGCUGGGUGCAUUCCUCUGCAAAGUGUGUGGGGAAUCAAAAAAGUGGCUUAGCCACCCAUGGGCUGACAAAUAUCAGAAGAAACUGUGGACUGUUCGGGAGCGGGCCAGAGAGGUAGAGGCCAAGGUCCGUCAAGCUGGCCUGACUCCACCCUCACUGAUAAAGCGUUCUGCCUCAUUGGCUAAGCUAGGCUCCCUGGAACUGUCAGCCAAUGAUCUGAGUGAGCUGGAACUGAGUCCUGCUUCUGUGUUGCUACCCACCACAAAGCCACGCCCUCACUCCUUUACUGAUGAUACCUCAAAAAAGAAGCGGGUUCUACCCAGGCUUACACCCUGUCUCCCUUCAUCCUGCAUAUCCUCUCUCUCUCCUGCUGGGUCGCACAUGGAUGAAAGGUUGGAUUGCCAGACAGGAGAAGCAGGGAACAGUGAUGAUGACCAGGCCCAUAUACCACUGCGAGACUCCCCACCAUACAAUCAGUGCUGGAGGCAAGGAAAGGUACCAGAUCCAGCAUCCACUCCUGGGUCUGCCUUAAUAUCCAUGGUAACGCGACAACAGUAUGAGAAAACACACCCCUUGAGGAAGCUGAAGAAACGAGCUUUGAACGUCCCCUACCACACCAUGUGACCUAGGCUGUCUGUAGGCCUGUGUGUAUGUGUGUUUUCCAAUAUAGUUUCAUCCACACUUACCUCAGUGGGCCUUACGAAACUGGAAAUCAGAACGGCUACAGAACUACCCUGCAGUUAUCAAGAUGCAUUGAGGUGCGUUCUGGCAGGUUUGAUUGGCAGGUUUUUAACCCAUCAGCAGCGAAUAGCUGCUCUCUCAAACAAGGAGGCACUAUGACUGAUUCACACUUUGCACAGUAUCCAUCAGCUGGCUUAUUACACACAGCAGUAAUAAACCUGCGAUUACCUGUCGGACUGUGAUCUCAUCCUGAAGAAUGCUCUAUGCUGAGCAGAAGGGAAUUCUCCACUGUCAUAGAAUGUGUGUGAGAGAGAGAGAGAGAGAGAGAGAGAGAGAGAGAGAGAGAGAGAAAUGUUAAAAUGCAUUCUGUUGUGAGUGUAAUGUAAUUGAGUGUAAAGUUAUGAAUGUCUAAGUGUGCAUGUUGAUCAGUUGCAAGUGGAACAAGUUUGGUACUUGGUGUGUAGAUCUUUGGGGCUGUGUGUGUGUGUGUGUGUGUGUGUAGGCUACUUUUUAUGGAUGCGUAUGACUGUAUACUUAAAUUUCAGUGUGCACCUUUUUCUGUCUGUGUUCAGUACGUAAGUGCAGUUUCUCCCUUUGGAGCUUUUCUUUAGUAAAAUAUAAACAAAUACGGAGGGAGAUUUUAAUAUGCACUUUACUUUUUUAAUUACGUUUUACAUUUUUUUUAGACCUGUGGUUUGUACUCUGGAAGCAUGUCUGCUGAGUGUGUAUUUGGGUUCGCUUAUGUGUUCAAUGUACAGUGCAAUUUUUUGUUCAUUGUAAGACUGGAAAUGUAUUUUUUAAUUCUGUGCUUAAACUGUGACUAUUA